UCGAGCUGCGGAUUGUUUGUUGUCAUCAAGAUGGAGUUCUUGUUGGGGAAUCCGUUCAGCACUCCCGUUGGCCAGUGCAUUGAGAAAGCCACUGAUGGCUCCCUUCAGAAUGAGGACUGGACACUGAACAUGGAAAUCUGUGACAUUAUUAAUGAGACAGAGGAAGGGCCCAAAGACGCCAUCCGCGCCAUCAAGAAGAGGCUGAACGGCAACCGAAACUUCCGGGAGGUGAUGCUGGCCCUGACCGUCCUGGAGACAUGCGUGAAAAACUGCGGCCAUCGCUUUCACGUGCUGGUGGCCACUCGCGACUUCAUCGACGGGGUCCUGGUGAAGAUCAUCUCGCUGAAGAACAACCCUCCCACCGUAGUGCAGGACAAAGUGCUGGCGCUCAUUCAAGCCUGGGCAGACGCGUUCCGGAGCAGUCCAGACCUGACUGGGGUUGUGCACAUUUACGAGGAGCUGAAGAGGAAGGGUGUCGAGUUCCCCAUGGCGGACCUGGAUGCUCUCUCUCCCAUCCACACGCCACAGCGAGGAGUCCCAGAAGUGGAUCCGGCUUCCCACAAGUACAGAGCUCCCCCCCAGACCAAACCCCAGACGCCUCAGAAGUCUGUCAGUGGGGCCCCGGUUACUGACUUCAGCCCUCCUCAGACAGGGCCAAUCACAGCCAACCCAGAACAGAUUGCCAGGCUGAGGAGUGAGCUGGACAUUGUACGUGGGAACUGCAAAGUGAUGUCAGAGAUGCUGACGGAGAUGGUGCCGGGGCAGGAGGAUGCCUCUGACCUAGAGCUCCUCCAGGAGCUGAACAGGACUUGCCGUGCCAUGCAGCAGAGAAUAAUGGAGCUCAUCUCACGGGUCUCCAAUGAGGAGGUCACCGAGGAGCUGCUGCAUGUCAACGAUGAUUUAAACAACAUCUUCCUGCGAUAUGAGAGAUAUGAGAGAUACAGACUGGGCCGUGCAGCUCAUAACAAUGGGGUGCUGAACGAGGCUUCAGAGGAGGAUAAUCUGAUAGAUCUGGGUCCAGGUUCCCCGGCUGUGGUUAGCCCUCGGGCAGGUGCUGGUGCCACCCCAACCGCUCCCUCCACCCCCCCAGCCUCUGCGGCAGUUGUACCCCCCACCACCUCGCUCUCCACCCAGCUCGCAGGACUGAAUGUGGAUUCAGACAGCGUGAGUGGUACCCUGAGCUCCCUGUCCACCCACAAACCCCACGACGACUUCGACAUGUUUGCCCAGACCCGAGGAAGCUCCCUCGCCGAGCAGCGCAAGAAUGUGAAAUACGAAGACCCACAGGCCCUUGGCGGCCUGGCCUCUGCCCUGGAUGUCCGACAGCAGAAUGCCACUGGGCUGAGUGUAAAUGCUGAUAACGCAGAGUUGGCGCCCAUAGACAGCUGGCUCAUUACCCAAGGAAUGAUUCCUGUAUCGCAGUCCUCUGUCAUGGAUGACAUUGAGGAGUGGCUCUGUACUGAUGUGAAGGGUGAUGAGGCCGAGGAGGGAGUCACCAGUGAAGAAUUCACCAAGUUCUUAGAAGAGCGGGCCAAGUCUGCGGACAGUGCCGCUCCAUCGCCCCCUAGAGGAGACCGUGGCACACUCGCUAGCGCGCCCGGCACCAGCCGCAAGAAGGCCGAGCGGACUGAGGACACCCUCUUUGCCUUGUAGUGUGCUCGUGUGGAUGAGAAGCUCCCACCGCCGGAGGCCUCCCCCUCCCGCUCCAGCUCCAACUCCGGCUCCACCACGGCAACCUCCACUCUUGAACCUCGGUCGACGCUCUUCAGCUUGCCGACGUCCAAACGCCCGUGCUCACUGCUGUCCGUGUCUCUGUCCUCUCCUGUUUUGACGCUCCAAGGUUUUCUCCGCCUACACCCACGGCUGGAGCAAAAGGCAGCCCCUCCACUGUACGCUCGUCUCCGCGGCUUGGGCAUGGCUUGGCCUGAAAAGCGGCGUGCAGUGAAUGUGGAGUCCCGCAGAUAAUGCAGCUUAACAGCGUGCAAGACUCUGCGGGGAGGAACUUGGGUUUGGCUCUUGCGAUGCAUUGAGGUUGUUUAAUUAGUUUAUUAACAGAACGUGUUAAAUACUAAGCCCCUGGCAUCUUCGCUUGUGCAAAAACCAUUGUUGUAUAUUACAUUUUGUAGCUUUAAUUCUGAACACGCCAGUCCACAAAUUGUUUUAAUCCUCGUGUCAUUCCUAUCUGCUGUUCCUAUAGUAACUGAGUCCUGUAAUCUCAUGCCCUUCCUUAAUGUCCCUAUGAGAGACAGAAAGGCGGUAUAAAACUCUGUUAUGGGAGUGCACAGUGAUUAGUGAGAGAUUAGCUAACGGAAUCUCUCUGGAUCUGGAUGCCUGGAGAAAGUUAGGAAAGGAGAAAGCAAAGUAGAAGCUCCGAUUGUCUCCUGCUCUGUCCCUGUGCUGCUCGCUGCUCUGAGUGCUGGUUUGGCCAAGGACCUUGACUGUUUCCUCGUGAUCAGAUGCUGACCAAAGACGGUGCAGAUGAAACAUGCUCUCCCGCAGACUUUAUGAAAACACACACUGCUGUAAAACGGUGGCCAUAUUAAAUGAGUCUUGUUAAACCGGCUGAGAAUAUUAGGUUACCCUGACCUGGAAAAUACAGCAUGACUUUGAUGAUCAUAUAGUUGUUGAUUAUAUUUUUUCCAUGAAUUGUUAGUUGUCUACGUGCUUUUCACCGAACCUUUGUUUCAGACCCCUGAAAUUCCGGCCCUCACAGAGGAAAGCGCACAGGAAAGUCUGCCUGAGAUUUUAUUUUGUUUCCCUGCUUUUAGAAACUGGCUGAAAAGCAAGAGUAAAUUUAAUACAGAGAAAAAAAAAAAGAGUCCAUGGGAGUUCAUUUUGAGAGGACACUCUCUGCAUGUGGAAUUAAAUUAUGGUAGCAUAAUUGGUAAACUGUGUUCAUAUUCAUAUGUAAAUACGUGUACAACAAUGUUUCGAUUAACAUGUCAAAUUUUGGGGAAGACGUUGUUUUUGCUUUUGUAUAGUUUUGCUUCCUGUUUGUGACGACAUUGAAAAAACCUGAAUUAUCUUACCCUCUUCCUCCGCCCUGAACAUGGUUCAUGGGUUCAUACUGAAUACUGUUAAGGUUGGCCUUCAUGGUGGAUAUAUGAUGUUUGGUAGAUAUGUCAGUAAAUUGUUUAUUUGGUCUGGAGACCAGCUAGCGUAGUUGGAUAUCACAUAAGGAAGAAAAGAAGCAUGAAAGAUGCCCUAGAUAUAUAGUGAUAUUUCAGAUGGCAUUGGUGAGGCCUGGGGCUUGAUGUUCACUACUUCUCUUGCACUUCAGCUUUAGUUACAGUACCAGUCUUUAAAGGAGUUGAAUUUAGUUUUCAGUUAAAUGUUGCACUUCAGUAUUUCCUUAAAUCCCCAAGUGGGAUGUUUUCACCUAACAUUAACAAUUUAUUUUAUAAAUACCACUAAAGUAGCCAGAGAGAUAAAUGUUGAAAGAUCACCCAUUUCAAAUUACAAUAAUGUGAUCAGUCAGGCCAGAAAUAAAAAUAAAUAAGAUGGACAAACAAAUGUGGUAAAUUGUAGAUGGCUCUUCUGCUAUAUACCUAUUAAUAUUAUAUGACUAGAGAUCAAGCAUUAGAUAAUAGCAGAAUUACCAACUAAAAUACAGUAGUUUCAGAGAGGUCUCAAGACCUUCAGUGUUUCUGUUCACUCAACGUGUUUAAAUAAGUAAUGAAUGGAUUAUUAAUGUUUCUUCAGCUCUUUUUAAUAGCGUUAUGCUAAGACCUGUCAAUGCUAGCUGCCUCUGUUCUAGAAAGAGCAUUGCUUUCAACUGACGUUGCAGUCGUUAUUUCUAAUAACUGCUUUAAUCAAUGUUACCAUGUGACAUUAAAAAUCUUAAUUCUUUUGAUUAUUUGUCUCAGAUUAAUGGCUUAAUGUAUUUUAGGAUAUUGAAAUGUCAUCAUUUCCUACUGUGAGAUUUAUUGUUUAAUUGUAUUAUUUUAUUAAAGUGACAUGGAGUCUA